AUGAGCUUCUCUAAAACAUUCAAACGACAAUUCACUGCGCGACGACUAUUGUUUUAUCUCAUUUGGCAUGGAGUACAUGCAGCACUGUUUGUUUGGGGAUGGUAUUCUCAAAAAUCAAACGAUCAACUCGCCAUCUUGAAUUUGCUCACUUACUCGGUGUGGAUAUCUCGAGGUGCCGGUCUCUGCCUUGUAUUGGAUGGCGCCCUGAUAUUCCUACCCGUCUGUAGAAAAACAAUCUCAUUCCUGCGUCCGAAACUCACAUGGCUGAUGCCAUUGAACGAGGUUCAUACCACUGCCCACUACCGGAAUAUGUACCUUGUUGAAGCAACUCAAGUUCGGCCAAAUACAGCCGUAGGAAUUAUGUACACAGAGACUGGACCUUUAACAGGCCAUAUAAUGCUUCUCAUAAUGGUUCUCAUGGCUACGACGGCACAUUGGCGUGUGCGUCGACAAUGUUUCGAAGCGUUUUGGUAUACACACCAACUGGCAUUCUUCUGGGCGAUUGCUUUUUUUUCUCACGCGAGUGGAUGUUUUGUGCGAGGUGCAUUACCCGGUGCAGAAGUAAAGUGUAUAGGAUACAACGGAAUUUAUUACGAAAUAUUCGGGGGUGUAUUGUAUUUUUCAGAAAGGGUUUGGCGCGAGAUUGCCGCUCGAAGACAGACAAGGAUCACCAGUGUUCUUCUACAUCCUUCGGGAACAGUAGAAUUACGAUUUCAAAAACCGAGUUUCAAAUAUGUUCCCGGACAAUGGCUUUUUUUACAAAUGCCAGAAGUUUCUCGAUUUCAAUGGCAUCCUUUCACGAUCUCAAGCGCUCCUGAUGAACCCCACAUCUCCUUGCAUAUGCGUCAGGUUGGCGACUUUACUCGAGCAGUCGGUCAGAGGCUUGGGGCUACACCCAAAUUGGCGAAACAGCUCGACAGUAUGGUCAAACCUGGUGUCAAAGGACAGGACGCACGCACUACAGGCUUUGUGGACAUCAGCUCUGUUAGGAACAUUAGGCUACCCACCAUUCGGAUCGAUGGGCCCCAUGGUGCACCGGCAGAGGAUGUGUUUAAAUUUCAGUUUGCUGUUUUGAUUGGAGCAGGGAUCGGUGUUACACCGUUCUCUAGCAUACUGAAAAACAUAUACUUUAAGUACCAGAGAGGAGAGUUGCACAGAUUGCGCAAAGUCCACUUCAUUUGGUUGAACAAGGAGCCGGCUUCAUUUGGAUGGUUCCGAGACGUUCUACGAGGUUUAGAAGAAAGCAUUCAAGAGCCCGAUUUCUUGCAAAUGGAUAUGUACCUCACCGGUCACCUCGAUACUGACACGGUGAUGAAUGUCACUUUGAACAGUGCCAAAUCUCAAUAUGAUGCACUCACUGGAUUAGAAGCUGGAACGCAUUUCGGUCGACCAGACUGGAAACGUGACGUAUUUGAACCUGCGAAGAAUACGGUAAAUUCUUUUUCUGCGCUUGAAGGCGAAGAGAAAAGUCGUAAAGUUGGAGUUUUCUUUUGUGGACCAAGCGACUUGGGAAGGGUCUUGAAAACUCAUUGCAAGGAGAUCAAAAGUAGUAAUUGCAGCUUUGAGUUUUAUAAAGAGCAUUGUGAGACAUAA